AAAAGGCAGUUGGUUAGCGACAAGAUAAUAACGUAAUGCAAAUUUAACCAAAUCUGCAAUAUGCAGUCCUGUCUGGGACAUGUUAUUAUCGUGAAAGAUCUCCGUCCAGCGUUUUUCCAAAAUGUUUUACGUUUUGGAUGCUUUUGAUGAACUGGAGUAAAUUCGCGUGUUAAUCAUGAUGGACACAACAUCAUAACGCUCGAGCUCUGUUCACCAGUAAACGUGCGCACGGCGAGACCUGAGCCGAAAAAUUAUAGCGGCGCCUCAGAUAUGAAUGAUGAUGGAGGCUGAUAACGCGGAGAGCUGGCUUCCUCUGUCAGAAAACGGAACCACAAGUUUAAACGCGUCGAACCUGGGUUUCCUAAACGCGUCGUCUCCGGUGAGUCUGUGGGGUGAUGCUCAGGAUAAAGAGGUGGCACGACUGGAGGAGAUCCUGCAGGCGCAGGAAAGAGCCUACAAAGAUUUCACUACCACCAUUCAAGUUUUCAUCCUCAUCGGCUCCCUUUUGAGAACCACAAAGGGAACAACGCUUUUUCCCCUUCAAAUUAGCUUGCAAUCUUCAGGCAAUACUGCAGUGUUGUGGUGCACUUGCUACACCAAUGUCUUCAAGUCUGUCACCAAUCUCUUCAUCAAGAACCUAGCGUGUUCUGGCAUUUGUGCUGGGUUGGUGUGUGUGCCCUUUGACAUAGCCUUGAGUGCCAGUCCCCUAUGCUGCCUAUGGGUCCAUACACUUCUGCUGUGCAAAGCCAUCAAGUUCCUACACAGGCUUUUCUGCUCUGCCACUGUGCUCAGCUUCGCUGUCAUCGCCCUGGAUAGGUACUACUCAGCACUGUAUCCACUGGAGAGAAAGAUAUCAGAUGCCAAAUCCAGAGACCUGGUCAUCUACAUCUGGGUGCAUGCGGUGGUGGCCAGCGCCCCUGUGUUCGCUGUAAGCAAUGUGACGGAUGUCUACGCCACCUCUUCCUGUUCUGACGGCCAAUCGCUUGGACAUCUGGUUUACAUGAUCACAUACAGCGUCACCACACUCAUUUUACCACUAGCAGUGGUGUUUCUAGCCAUGGCACUAAUCCGCCGCGCACUAAGCACCAGCCAGAAGAAGAAAGUCAUCAUCGCGGCGCUGCGCACCCCACAGAACAGCAUUUCCAUCCCGUAUGUGUCUCAGCGUGAGGCUGAACUUCACGCCACUCUGUUGUCCAUCGUUCUAGUCUUCGCGGUGUGCAGCACUCCCUACGCCGCUCUGGUCAUAUACCGUUCAGUGCUGGGGGCCGCAAAAGCCUCGUCUUGGUUACAGCUGACUGCCGUGUGGCUGCCAAAGGUCUCUCUCCUCACCAACCCGCUGUUUUUCCUCACAGUAAACCGUUCUGUGCGGCGCUGCCUUCUUGAUAUGCUAGCACGCCUUCAUCGCCGCUAUAGCCGAAGGAACAUGGUCAGCAUUGGGGGUCUGGCUGAAGUAGGGCCACUAGGGGGCGAGACUGUGGUUCGCUCUGGUAGUCAACUCCUGGAGAUGUUCAAUAUCGGCCAACAACAGAUCUUCAGACCAAACGAGGACGAAGAAGAUGAGAAUGAAAUUUCCUCUGUGGCCUCCGCCAACUUUCAACCCAAAGAUGGAGGACAGGUUGGAAACGGAGGGGCGGCAAGAGAGCUGCAUCAGCCGCAGUCAGGGGACGCGGUAAAAGAAGAGGGCUUAGUGUUACCAAAACAUUCCCCUAUUCAGUCAUGUGCCUACUCCUCUUCACAGGUCGCCCCUGCGACUCCCACGGACCCAGAGGAUGUAACACAGUUUGGUUUUGGGCCAUUUGAGCUGCCACCACAAUGGCUGCCUGAAACCAGGAACAGUAAGAAAAGACUCCUUCCUCCAUUGGGUAACACACCAGAGGAGCUGAUCCAGACCAAGCAGCCCAGAGUUCGGCCUGAGAGACGCAUCAGUAGAAACAAUAAAGUUAGUACCUUCCCUAAUGUGGAUCCAUGAAACAGUGCAGUGGAGCAAAUCAUAAAAAGCUAAGAAGAAAGACUGUUUGAGUUUUAUAUCUAAAUUUUUUUUGAAUUGAUUUUCUAUGUGAGUGCAGAUCAAUGAAUGACAUGGAGAGUAUACGUUUACAGUAGGAAGUAAGAGGAAUUUACAUGCUCUCUUGCUGUCUGUUUGGAUGAUUUAAUAGACAUCCCUUUGUCUCCAUGUACUGAAAGAACAGGAAAUUGAUCUUUCACAGGAAAUUCAAGAAACAAACGUAAGGUAGGCAUGGAUUGUAUGACAUUUGUUUUGUUGGAAUGGUCAAUAAAAUUAAUCACAAUAAUUUUUAUGUAGAUACGUCCAUGCUGUGUUGAAUCUGACUGAUGUGUCCUGCUUAACUUCUUGAAAUAUCACCCCGCUG